AUAGCAAGUAUACUCACUACACCGCCUCCCAGUCCCAUCCUCAUAAAUUGGUCUAUUUAUUGUUGGAGCCCUCCCUGGAUUUGGGCUUUCCUUGUCUCGUUAUUCUAAAAGAAGAUCCGCUGGAAAGUGGCAGCAGUGCUUUCUCGACAAGUAAAACUCCCUGUGUUCAGUUACUCUCGAAAUGACGAUUGAUGUGACAAUCGCACCGUUUGAAAAAUACCCAAAUGGCUUAACAAAUCAAGACUCACCGCCUCAAAAUCUUGAACAAUACCCAGAAGAUUAAGAUACCCAAUACGAAGAAGAAGAAGAUGACGAUUCCAGAGGAUAUUGUUGUGGAAAUCCUCGCCAGGCUCCCGGUGAAAUCUGUCUUGAGAUUCAAGUGCGUGGCCAAGCGUUGGAAUCAGAUUAUCAGAAGCUAUGAUUUCGUCUCCAAACACUGCUCCAAGCAAGAACCCACUUGUGCUUUCGUGGUUCGGCAUGAUCCUGAGGAAGAGGAGUGUUAUUCAUGGCUCCAUGAGCCGCAGAUAGACCCUGAAGUUGAGACCGCCAAUCUUAUUUUCUCUGAAAACUUCGACCUUCUUCCGGUUGUUUUUGGGCCUUGUAAUGGGUUGCUCUGUCUCUGUGAUACUGCUGGGAAUGUUACUAUUUGGAAUCCCUCUACUAAAGAACACAAGGAUCUCCCUAAAACCUAUGGACAUGAUUUUAACAACUUUGGAUUCGGUUUUGAUCGGAAGACUAAUGAUUACAACGUUUUAAGAUUUGUCUCUGAAGGCAAUAGACCAAACGUAAGUUUUGAAAUUGAAUUGUAUUCCUUGAAUAAUGAUGUCUGGUAUGGUUACCCUGUUGCCGCUGUUCUUGUUGAUUAUAACCUAGACUCUCACGCUUACAACAAUGGGGUUUGCUAUUGCUGGGCUGUUAAAGGUGCUGUUGCAUUUAUUGCAUCAUUUGAUAUGGCAGAUCAUAAGUUCGAUUGGAUGCGACCUCCGAAUUGCAACAUUUCUUGGGUUGACUGUGGGGUGAAACUUGAAAUCUUGGAUGGAUCUCUUGCUGCUGUUCUUUAUUUGAAUGAUGUUGAAUCAACAAACUAUGAUAUAUGGGUUAUGACUAAACAAGGAGAUAACGAAAUUUUAUGGGUCAAGAAAGUUUGUAUUGGGCCUCUUUCAAUGGGGAAAUGCUUAGGGUUAUGGAACAGUAAUGCUUUGUUUUUAGAAGAUGAUGAGGAGCAGCUGUGCUUGUAUGACCCCGAAACCUAUCACUUACGGAUUUUUGAGCUUGAAAAAACACCAUUACAGGUUGUAAGCUAUAGAGAGAGUCUUGUUCGAAUUAAUGGUAGAACAACGGGUCCAAGAACUUCUUAGAGCAUCUGCAAGGACUUGAGUCUCUGGAGAAUUGGUUUCUUGAUGGUAUGUGUUCAACUGUACAUCUCUUUUUGUAAGAUCUUCUGAAAUUUGACAUGUUAGUGUUAACCUCAACCUUGUUCAUGCCCUUCUUUUUUACCUUUACUUUACCAUAGAAUGUAAAGAAUGUAAUAGCACCGGAAUCAUUGCAAUAUAUAGUCUCUGCUUUUGCCCUGAA